UCUCGAUCCUCAGUCUUCUUCAUGGCUCUGAGAGUUAAACACAGCACCAUGCUGACUGCAGGGGCCCUGCUCAUAUGCCUGAGUGCACUGAGUGUUCACGGACAACAUGACAUAACGCUUGAUGACAUGUACGUGGACUAUGGAUAUGACUACACCCCCGACAUCAUCAACCCUUUUUUUGAUGAAGGCGACUGGUUGUAUGACCUAAUGGAGGAGUCCAAUAGUUGUGAUCCAAACCCUUGCAACAAUGCUGGCUCGUGCCAAAGUAAAUCCGAUACAGAGUUCACAUGCUACUGUCCUGAGCCUUACAUAGGGAAGAGGUGUCAAAAAGUGAGAAAUGUUUGUGAGAACGUCAGAUGUGGUCGUGGUGGUAACUGUGUCAUGAAUGUAAGGAAUCCCCCGUAUUAUGAGUGCAAGUGCAGACCUCCCUACUAUGGUACCAACUGCAGUUCAUUGCCAAGUUCUGCCUGUGAACCCAAUCCGUGCCAGAAUGGAGGAUCUUGCAUGAAAGGGAACCGCCGCUUACGCUGCUUCUGUCCCGAUGGAUAUACUGGGAAGUUCUGUGAAAUUGCUCCGACUGAUUGUUAUGAGGGAAAUGGAGAGACAUACAGGGGAGUCGUCAGCAUGGCAGAUGGGCAGGAGUGUCUGGACUGGCAUUCCUAUUUCAUUGUUUCAAACGGGGAAGAUCCUUUUACCAUGUACUCAGACUUUACUGGACUGGAACAUAACAACCACUGCAGGAACCCAGAUGGGGAUGACAAGCCUUGGUGUUUUACUAAACAGGGUAGUAAACUGCAGUGGGAGUACUGCAAUGUCAAGAAGUGCUCUGAUGGAGACACUGCUCCACCCACACCACUAACACCAGUUCCAGGCUCUGCCCAGUUCUCUCAGUGUGGGAAAUCCCCGCCUGUUCGCAAUAGCAGAAUUUUUGGGGGUAAAAAGGCCAUCCCGGGCGCCCACCCCUGGCAGGCGUCGGUGCAGAUCAAACACAAAGGCUCCACCGCUGAGUUCAGACACUCUUGUGGUGGGAUCCUCCUCUCUUCCUGCUGGGUGCUCACUGCUGCACACUGCAUUGAAUCUAAUUUGGAUUACCAAGUGGUGAUGGGAGGAGUGAACAUAGAAAAACAGGAGGACAUGGACCAGACCAUCCCAGUUAUACAAACCAUUGUUCAUGAGAACUACAGGGCCACUCCCCAAGCUCUAUACAACGACAUUGCUCUAAUGAAGCUCCAAGUUACGGACAGCCCUUACUGUGCAAAGGAAACCCGCUUUGUGAAGGCGGUGUGUUUACCGGACCAGGCCUUCCCGGCUGGAAAGGAGUGUGUGAUCUCUGGAUGGGGAGCCACUGAAACCCAGAGGAUAAGCAGCCAGCUGUUGAACGCUCGUGUUUUCGUGAUCUCAGAUGAGAAAUGCAAAAACCUUGAUGCCUACAGAAAUGUUUUGGACAGCAGCAUGUUCUGUGCAGGCACUCUGCAGGGCGGCAUCGACUCCUGUCAGGGCGACUCAGGCGGACCCUUGGUGUGUGAGAAAAAUGGCACACGGUACAUCAGCGGUGUGGUGAGCUGGGGUGUGGGCUGUGCCGAGAAAAACAAGCCUGGUGUCUACGCCAGCGUCCACGCAUUUACCGACUGGAUCAAAAACAAAAUGAAUUGAUGACUAUAAUAGUUAAAUAAAUACUGUGGUGUUUGCCGUUCGCU